AUGCUGACGUCUCCGUGGCAGGAUGGCGAUGUGAUCAAGGAGCGGUACGUGCUGCACAGAAAGGCAAACUCAAACUCUCCGCUGCUGGGGAAGGGAUCGUUCGGACAGGUUGCACUCGGGAAGGACAUGAGGAGCGGGAGAGAAGUAGCGAUCAAGAUCGUAAAGAAUCAUCGACACUGGGCAGAACAAGCGAGGUUUGAGAUCUCGGUGUUGAAGAAGCUGCUCAAAGUUCAGAUGCAAGGGGCUCCCUUUGCUGAGCAUGCCAACGUUGUGACUCUGCUGGACAACUUUGAAUUCAGGAAUCAUGUCUGUAUGGUCUUCGAGCUCUUACCGCUCACCUUGUACGACCUCAUCAAGUACACCAAGUUCAAUGGCGUCAGUCUGCAUCUCGUCCACAAGUUUGCAAGGAACCUCCUUGGCACUCUUGAGUUCCUCUCAAGGCCAGAGGUCGACAUCAUCCACUGCGAUCUCAAGCCGGAAAACGUCAUGCUAGUCAAGACAGACGAUCACAGGCUGAAGGUCAUCGACUUUGGCAGCAGCUGCUCGUCAAGAAGACAGCCCUUCACUUACAUUCAGUCGCGCUACUAUCGCUCGCCUGAAGUUCUUCUACACCUCCCCUACUCCUACCCCAUCGACACCUGGAGCCUUGGCCUCAUCCUUGCCGAGAUGCAUACAGCAGGUCGACCAGUCUUCAACGGGAAGAACGAGUGCGAACAGAUGUUUAAAAUCUCGACGGUAACGCAAUCUCCCUCCUCUUCUCUCCUCCCUCCUCCCUCCUCC